AUGGACACGCAAUCCUCGACGCACCUCCGCACCACCUCCGCCGGCUCCACCUCCUCCACCGCCGCGGACAACAACCAGAACAACAACAACAGCCUCGCAGGCGGCGGCAUGGCCGUCCCGCUGGUGGACCUCUCGUCGCGCACGCCGUCACCGUACCCGCGCAGCCGGGCCGGCGCCGGCGCCAGCGCCAGCGCCAGCGCCAGCGCCGCCGCGUCCGAGGACGAGUUCGACGACGACGUGUACGAGCCGGGGCCGUCGUCGCUGGUGCGGCCGCUCGUCUCGGCCGACAUUGGGGCGGGCGGCUCGUGGAGGCGCGUGCUGGGCAGCGGCGGCGGCGGCGGGCUGGGCAGCUUCUUCUUCGGGACGUGGAUGGGCUGGCAGGUCUAUGUGGGGCUGCUGGUGUUUUGGGUCGCGGGCGCGGGGUUCGGGCUGUUGUUGAUGAAUCGGUUCAUUUUGCUGACUGGUGUCUACAAAUUCCCGUACCCGUUGACCAUGACUUGGAUACAAUUGGUGCUGGAACACAUCUUGCUGAUUGGGUUUGCGGGCCUGACGCGCCUGCUGUCGCGCCCGCUGCAGAGUCUGGGACUCGGUUCUGUCGUGGCGCCGGCGACGCCGUUGUCAGGCGGACAGGGAUUCAGGGCAUCGGCGAAACAGCAUGGUCGCGGCGGCAGCGGCGGGAUUGCGGGCGGUGGCAUCCUUGAGUUUGAGUGGCCGGUUGCGAAACACGUUCUUCCCUUGGCCGUCGUGUACAUGGCAAAGGUCGUGUUGAGCAACAUCUCGUUUGCGUACGCCGCUCAAGAAACUUAUACACUGGCUCGCAUCGGCGUGGUUCCCAUUGCCUUGCUUCUUGCCGGCAGCUCCUCCGUCGCGGCCAACUCGGUUUCCACGCAGUCCUCGGCUCUGACGGCCACCUUCAGCCUGCUCGUCGCUUCCAUCCGCCCCGGCGUCCGCGUCACCUGGGAGAGCAUCGUGGCCGGCGUCUUCUCCGCCCUUUUCGUCGCCAUCUACCCCAUCGUCCUCGUCCGCACGUUCCGCACGCUGGUCAACGACAUGGUCCCACAGGGCGACGUCCUGACCGGCUUCGCCUCGACGGCCGGCACCGACGAGUCGGGCUCGGGCAGCCGCGAGGAGACGCGGGCGUACUGGCGCACGCUGCACUACACGUCGGUGCUGACGCUCAUCAUCAUCACGCCCAUCGUGGUGCUCUCGGGCGAGCUGGGCAACAUCCACCACAACUGCUACUUCCUCGACGUGCCGUUCUUCUGGCUGCUGACCGUCUGCGGCGGCAUCGGCGGGUGGGCCGUCUUCUCGAGCACGCUGCUGCUCGCCAAGGCGACGAGCCCCCUCACCGUCAGCUUCAUCGGCGUGCCGAGAGGCGCGUUCCAGCUCAUGGCGUUGAACAAGUUCAAGAUGCCCGUGCACAGCUGGCUUGGCGUCGGCUUUUGCUGGGUGGCCAGCGCGUGGUUCCUUGUCGCUAGGAGGGACGAGGGGAGGGCUCUGGGUAGGCUGAGAUUGGAGGGCCGGGAAACGGUGAGGUGA